UCAUGUCGAUGAAGCUGAUUUUCGCUGUCGUCGUCUCCCUCGUCCUCCUCUCCGUGUUGUUGUUCUCGGUGACGCGACGGAGGUGUAGCCUGACGCGGUCUCUUACGUGUCGGUCUGAAUAAAAGUGGAGCUCCGUAGACCCGGGAGUGACGAAGCGAGUCUGUGUUGAUUUUAAAUGAAAAUGGAGGCAGGUGCAGACACACAGCAAAGUGGUGAAACAGCUGUCUCGGAGUCUGAGGUCCAGCAGAUCACCCUGGGUCAGGCGUCCAUAGCAGCUGGCCAGGUGACAUCCAGUAGUCCCACAGUCACUCUUGUGCAGUUACCCAACGGUCAGACAGUCCAAGUGCACGGGGUGAUCCAAGCUGCUCAGCCCUCUGUCAUCCAGUCCCCACAAGUCCAGACCGUACAGAUUUCAACUGUUGCUGAGAGCGAGGACUCUCAGGAGUCCGUAGACAGUGUGACAGAUUGCCAGAAGAGGAGAGAGAUUCUGUCCAGACGACCUUCCUAUAGGAAGAUUCUGAACGAUUUAUCGUCAGACGCUCCAGCAGUGCCUCGAAUUGAGGAGGAGAAAUCAGAGGACGACUCGGCCCCUGCCAUCACCACAGUCACCAUGCCCACUCCCAUCUAUCAGACCAGCAGUGGCCAGUACAUUGCAAUCACCCAGGGCGGGGCCAUUCAGCUGGCCAAUAACGGCACGGACGGAGUGCAGGGCCUGCAGACGCUGACAAUGGCCAACGCUGCUGCCGCCCAGCCUGGCGCCACCAUCCUGCAGUACGCCCAGACCAGCGACGGGCAGCAGAUCCUAGUACCCAGCAAUCAAGUGGUUGUACAAGCUGCCUCUGGUGAUGUCCAGGCCUAUCAGAUCCGCACUGCCCCCACCAGCGCUAUCACUCCCGGAGUGGUCAUGGCGACAUCGCCUGCACUGGGCACAGGAGGAGGCACUGAGGAGGUCACACGCAAAAGGGAGGUCCGACUUAUGAAAAACAGGGAGGCAGCCCGCGAGUGUCGCAGGAAGAAGAAGGAGUACGUCAAGUGUCUGGAGAACCGCGUGGCCGUACUGGAGAACCAGAACAAAACCCUCAUUGAGGAACUCAAAGCCCUUAAAGACUUAUACUGCCACAAAUCAGAGUAGAAACAUCACCGAAUGCCUGCCAGGGGCUCGACAGGUGCCCGUCUGUCCCCAUGUACAGAGACUCAGCACAGAGCCAUGCAUCUGGAUGCCACUCCCCCCCUUUUCUACUCUUCUGCUUUCUUUUUAAAAACUGCUGGAAAUAAAUCCUUAAAGUGACUCACCGGGAAUCGAAAACAAAAACACACACACCCUCCCACUUUAGCGAUUUGAAUUCUGUUCCCAUCAGUUUCCCAUCAAAGGAUGAAGCGACGUUCAGAGUCAAUGUGGAGGAGUACACACCAAUACAGGGUCAUGGUGGUGAAGUGACAGAACAGAUAACAAGGCUGUUCUUUUUUGUUUUGUUUUUGACGCCACCAAAGGGAAGCAUUCCAGUCACUGGUGCCUGGACAAACUGGGCAACAUCACCAGCAACGGGGAACUGCUCAAUUACCAUCACCAACAAUGACGGAACUUUAUACAGUUGGAUCUCCCUGGGACACUCGAAACAUUGGAGAGGUUACCCUUGUGUGCAACGUUUGUUAUUGUAACUGCGCUCUCGCAUUAACAUCUGUUACUAAUGCUUUGAACUGUAGAUGGGCUGUCAUGGACAUUUUAUCUUUUAGCUGUUUUGUUUUACUACGUAUUGGAUUAUCUGCUUGCAUAAUGCCAUUGACUCUUUUUUUUUUUUUUUUUUUUUUUACUUU